AUGUCUCUGCAGAGGAUUGUGCGUGUAUCCCUGGAACACCCUACCAGCGCUGUGUGUGUGGCAGGGGUUGAGACCAUUGUGGACAUUUAUGGGUCAGUUCCUGAGGGCACAGACAUGUUUGAGGUCUAUGGGACACCGGGAGUGGACAUCUACGUGUCUCCCAGCAUGGAGAGGAGCCGAGAGCGAGCUGACACCAGGCGAUGGUGCUUCAACAAGGGCCUGGAGAUCAUCGUGGUCAUGAACUCCCCUAGCAAUGACCUCAACGAUAGUCACGUUCAGAUAGCCUACCACUCCAGCCGUGAGCAUUUGCCCCUGGCCUAUGCAGUACUGUACCUCACCUGUGUGGACAUCACCCUAGACUGUGACGUGAACUGUGAGGACCGGCAGGACAGGAGCUUCGUGGAUAAGAGGCAGUGGGUGUGGGGACCUGAUGGGUACGGAGCCAUCUUGCUGGUGAACUGUGAUCGGGACGAUGCCAGCUCUGAUGCCCAAGAUAACUGUGACCAGUAUGUGAGCUGCCUGCAAGAUCUGGAAGACAUGUCCACCAUGGUCCUGCGGACCCAAGGCCCUGAAGCCCUCUUCGAUGACCACAGGCUUAUCCUCCACACCUCCAGCUGUGAUGCCAAGCGGGCACGGGUCUUCCACGUCUGUGGCCCCGAGGAUUCCCGUGAGGCCUAUAGGUGUGCUCUGGGCCCGAACAGGAUGUCCUAUGAGGUGCCUCGCCUCAACGGCUAUGAGGAGCGCUUCUUCGUGGAGGGCCUCUCCUUCCCUGAUGCGGGCUUCCCAGGGCUCAUCUCCUUCCAUGUCACCCUGCUGGAUGACUCCAACGAGGACUUCUCCGAGACCCCGAUCUUCACGGACACGGUGGUGUUCCGGGUGGCCCCCUGGAUCAUGACACCCAGCACCCUGCCGCCCCUGGAGGUGUAUGUGUGCCGGGUGAGGAAUAACACCUGCUUUGUGGAAGCCGUGGAGGAGCUGGCCAGGAAGGCAGGCUGUAAACUCACCAUCUGUCCUCAGGCAGAGAACCGAAAUGACCGAUGGAUCCAGGAUGAGAUGGAGCUGGGGUAUGUGCAGGCGCCGCACAAGACCUUGCCGGUGGUCUUUGAUUCUCCGAGGAAUGGGGAGCUGCAGGGCUUCCCUUACAAAAGGAUCCUGGGUCUAGAUUUCGGCUAUGUGACUCGGGAACCUCAAGACAGUUCUGUGAGUGGCCUGGACUCCUUUGGCAACCUGGAGGUCAGCCCACCCGUGGUGGCCAACGGGAAGGAGUAUCCCUUGGGGCGGAUCCUCAUCGGGGGCAACCUGCCUGGGUCUCGAGGCCGCAGAGUUACCCAAGUGGUGCGAAACUUCCUCCACGCCCAGAAGGUGCAACCACCGGUGGAGCUGUUUGUGGACUGGCUGGCUGUAGGCCACGUGGAUGAGUUUCUGAGCUUCGUCCCUGCACCAGACGGGAAGGGCUUCCGGCUUCUCCUGGCCAGCCCUGGCGCCUGCUUCAGGCUCUUCCAGGAAAAGCAGAAGUGGGGCCAUGGCCGGUCCCUCCUGUUUGAGGGUGUCAUUGGUGACAGGCGGGUCCAGACCGUCUCGAUCAACCAGGUUCUUUCCAACCAGAGCCUUAUCAACUUUAAUAAGUUUGCACAGAGCUGUAUUGACUGGAACCGUGAGGUGCUGAAGCGAGAGCUGGGCCUGGCAGAGUGUGACAUUAUCGACAUUCCACAGCUCUUCAAGACGGAGAAGAGGAAGGCGGUGGCCUUCUUCCCUGACUUGGUGAACAUGCUGGUGCUGGGCAAGUACCUGGGCAUCCCCAAGCCCUUCGGGCCCAUCAUCAAUGGCCGCUGCUGCCUGGAGGAGAAGGUGCGCUCCCUGCUGGAGCCGCUGGGUCUGCACUGCACCUUCAUCGAUGACUUCACACCGUACCACAUGCUGCACGGGGAGGUUCACUGUGGUACCAACGUGCGCCGGGAGCCAUUUGCCUUCAAGUGGUGGCACAUGGUGCCCUGAGCCACCGCCCAUCCCCCAUCCUUCCCCCAGGAUGGGGCAUCUGCCAGGCGGAUGGAGACUGGGACAGACCCCAGAGCCCCAGAGCCACAAGCACCUAGAGACUCCCA